AUGGCGCCCCCUCGUACGCCGCCGCCAUGGCCGACCAUCGCUGCCUCGGCCAUCAUUGCGCUCCUCGCAUACUUUGCAGUCAAGCUGAUCCAACAUCGGCGGUCUUACAGGGACUUGCCGAAGCCCCCCCACCACUUCCUCUGGGGCCAUCUCAAACUGAUGGGCGAGGUCAUGUCUCUUUUCCCCCGCAAUGUGCAUUUCCAGGUCGCCAUCACGACCAUGGCUCAGAAGUACCGUCUUCCCGGCCUUUGGUACCUUGAUCUCUGGCCCAUGGCGGACCCCCAGCUGAUCAUAACGGAUCCGGAACUCGCUCUUUACGUUACCGUCCUAAAGAACCAUCCGAAGCACUACGUAGAGGCCGAACUAAUGGAUCCGAUCAUGGGCAAAGGCAACAUCGCGACUACCGAAGGCCAUAUAUGGAAGGCUGCACACAACAUGCUAGCUCCCGCCUUCGCCGCCUCACACGUGAGGAACACGAUAGGAGGGGUGGCAGAGGAGGUCAUGGUGUUCCGUUCCAUCCUUGAAGAUCUCGCCCAUUCCGGUGCCAUCUUUAGUCUCGAAGACCUGCUAAAAAGCAUGAUCUUCGACGUCAUCGGCAGAGUGACGUUCAAUUACUCCCUGGAGGCCCAGAAGCGAGGCAGCCCACUUCUAUCACACUUCACCGACAUAUGCUCUGCUGCCCUCAUCGAGCGAGAUACGUGGAAUCCGGUAAAGUCCUUCUCCGCACGCCGAAAUAGGCUAGCAGCAACCCGGAAGCUCGAUCCUCUGUUGGAGAAGAUCAUUCGAGGCAGGUUCGAAGAGCUGCAGCGUGGCGAUGCGGACCUGAGCAAACGGCGCGGUCUAAGCAUCAUAGAUCUUGUUCUUCGUGAGCGCCUAGAAGAAGCACAGAAGACCGGAAAGGAUGCUCUUGAUGCGAACUUCAUGGCAGUAGCCGCUACGCACAUUAAGACUUUGCUCCUUGCAGCCACUGGAACCACCACGGAUACUCUCUGUUUCACCUAUAUGCUUCUCUCAGCCCAUCCCGAGGUCGUCCAGAAGUUACGCGAGGAGCACGACUCCGUCUUCACCCCUGGAAUAGAGGCAAGCUAUGCUAUGCUCCAACAAGAUCCACACAAGCUCAGCGACCUGCACUACACCACCAAUGUCAUCAAAGAAGUCCUCCGUUUCUAUCCCGUGGGCAACACGGCGCGAGCUGAAGAUUCUACAGGAUCUAUCACCUACAAUGGCAAGCAGUAUUCUACCAGAGGCCAGAUGAUAUGCCCGGUUCAGCACGCAAUGCACAUGGAUCCAAGCAUCUUCCCCAACGCGUCAGCAUUUGACCCUGAUCGGUUUUCCCGGAAUGACGCUCCGCGAAACGCAUGGCGGCCCUUCGAGCGAGGACCCAGGGCUUGCCUUGGUCAGACCCUGGCUAUGGACGACAUGAAGGUCGCGCUUCUUCUGACUGUUAGGGACUUUGACUUCGCUUGCGCGGCCCUCAAGCCAAGUAAGACGCAGCUCGUCCCCUGGACAGACCUAGACCUUACUUUUGGAGAUCGCGCCUUUCAAGAGUUUAUAUUAGAAGCCAGGCCCAGAGACGGCAUGCCGAUGACCGUGAAGAAGGCCAUCGGGGCUUGA